ACAAUAAUUAUAAAGAAAAAAACGAGCAUUUAUCAUGGCAGUUGGCAAUUUCCCUCCCUUGCUGCCAUCGCUGACCAAACCCAAACCAAAUUAACAACUACGACCAUUUUUCCCCCAAUUCCCAAUUUCAAGGGUUUGAACCGAACGCCUUUCCUCUUCCGCUGAGACGAAGAAGUCAUCAGGCGUGUGCUAAGCACGGCAGCUGUUUCUUCUUCCCUCGUCGUUUCUCUCUCUGUUCCCUUCCUACAAACCCCGGCCUCUGUUUUCUCUUUAAACCAGAUCAAUAGAUUUUGGAGAGAAGAGGAAUCUACGCCUUCUUUGUUCUCGCAUCUCUUCCACCUAACCCCUCUUCUCAUAUUCCUUGCUUCGUCUCAGCUUUUUCAUCGCCACAUCCCUGUCCCUCGCCGGUCCGAAUUCAUUUUCCACUCUCUCCAGUGCUCUUCCCCUUUUCCGGGUUUACCUUCAAUCGUAAGGUAGCUUUCCGGCAGUAAGAUGGAUUUCUUAUUCAGAGGCUUAAACGAGGACCCUUCCCCGGUAGACAUGCUUAGGUGUCCAUUUUUGAGAAAUAUCAAUGAGCCAACUAAUUUUUCCUUCUCCUCGGCCAUGCCCUUCCCGAUGCCUGGGCGUUCUGGCAAAGGUCCUAUUUUCGAAGAUGGCCCUAAUUUUGAUUCGACAUUCAGGCUAUUCCAUGGACAAGAUGGAGUAGUCCCACUGUCCGAAAGAUCAUUCCCGAUCUUGGACAGAAUUGAGACCCCCCUGCAAACCCGUCCUGAAUUUAACCCAUUAGCUGCAAAGGCAGCCACGAUCAGUCUCUCAUCUUUUGGCCCUGGUGGACCCUUUAGUUUCGAUGCAUUCUCUAAGAAGUGGAACAACAGUCAGAGCAAAAAGAACUCUAAAUCAUCCAAAAAAGGCUCACAGGGAGGAAACUCGGAGCAUGAGUCAAUGAGCAAUGAAUGGCUGCAAAACGGGAACUGCCCGAUAGCAAAAUCAUAUCGAGCAGUCGGCAGCGUCCUGCCACUCGUUGCCAAAGCAUUCCAGCCGCCACCUGGUGUUAAGAUCAAGUGCCCGCCUGCAAUUGUUGCUGCCAGAGCAGCUAUAGCACGGACUGCCUUUGCAAAGAAUCUUAGGCCACAACCUCUACCCUCGAAAAUACUGGUGAUUGGGAUGCUAGGGAUGGCUGCAAAUGUCCCCCUGGGUGUAUGGAGGGAACACACCAAGAAAUUCUCCCUCUCGUGGUUUGCAGCCGUCCAUGCUGCAGUUCCCGUCCUAGGGAUGCUCAGGAAAUCCGUACUGAUGCCCAAAUCAGCCAUGGCGUUCACCAUCGCAGCAUCGAUAUUAGGUCAAGUUAUUGGUUCAAGGGCAGAACGCUACCGCCUGAAGGCAAAGGCUAAAGCUGGGCAGGAGAUCACUUUGGUCGAAACUCGUGUGCAUCACUCUUCCUCAUCCGUACACCAACAACCCAUUGCUGUGAAAACUGGGCACGGUGGCAAUCUGAUCGAGUAUCCAGCCGCCAUUCAUGGAGCCGGGAUUACUCCUGCAGCUGCCAAUGUGAUCUGCUAAAUGCAUCACCUCUAUCCGAGUGCUUGUUGUUGUGAAGACUUCAAUCACCAUCUUUAUCCAUCGUAAUUUGCAGCAGAAAGGUUGUUUGGUUCGUUCGAUUUUUGUAUUCAAUGACUGGCUGUCAUUUUGGUUAUGCAAGACAUGAUAUUGGCGGAGUUGGAGGGAAUAAAAUAAUAAAAAGAUUGGUUUGUAUUUUUAUCUUUAAGAUCUCUUUCGUUUGAUGAAAUGAAGAUUGCCGCCCGGAGUGGUUGAACUGUCAAACGUUAGGUAGCAACUUUGAUGAAAUUGUCUAAGCUGGU